UUAUUGUGAUAUUAUUGUUAUUUAUUUCAGAUUAAUGUGGUGCUACUGAGUGUUGCAGUUACCUUAUAUUUAGGAGUAGCUUGAUUAUAGUUGUGAUUAAUGGCUGGAAUCCCUAAGGCUUGUAGAUAUGUAACAGUCUGUAACAGUUGAUUAUAAUGUGUAUAUAUAUAUAGUGGUCCUGAUGAAUGAAGGGAGACACACAAUUCAAAGAAUUCUAUUGUGGUGAAAUUUAUCAUGGUAUCACGAGCUAGCAAAUAUCCUAGGGAAAAUUAAUCACAUUUUUUUUUCUCAUACCAGAUCAGGCACCAUAAGAGAUUAUGGGUGAGAACAGUGGUGAUGGCGGGAAGAAAGUUGACGACAACAGUAGUAACAGCGAGAAGAAGGUGGACUUGGUUUUUUUUCUCGGCUCUAAUGACAAUCCCGGCAACGUGAUUACACCAAUACAAUUGCGUGGUCUGAAUUAUGAUGAAUGGUCAAGGGCAAUUCGAACCUCGUUCCAAGCAAAGAGAAAAUACGGUUUUGUGGAAGGGAAAAUCCCAAAACCAACGACACCUGAGAAAUUGGAGGACUGGAAAGCAGUGCAGUCGAUGCUCAUAGCGUGGUUGCUCAACACUAUCGAGCCAUCACUGCGCUCUACUCUUUCUUAUUAUGAUGAUGCAGAAUCAUUGUGGACACAUCUUAAGCAGCGCUUUUGCGUUGUGAAUGGGGCUCGUAUAUGUCAAUUAAAGGCAUCGCUAGGAGAAUGCAAGCAAGGCAAAGGUGAAGAGGUGUCGGCCUACUUUGGCCGUCUGUCUCGUAUAUGGGACGAACUUGUGACUUAUGUCAAAAAGCCAACAUGCAAAUGUGAAGGUUGCAUCUGUGAUAUCAACAAACAAGUCACUGAUUUCAGUGCUGAAGACUAUCUGCAUCAUUUUCUUAUGGGCCUUGAUGGGGCUUAUGCAACAAUUCGAUCAAAUUUGCUUUCUCAAGAUCCGUUACCAAACAUUGAUCAAGCAUAUCAGCGAGUCAUACAGGAUGAGAGGUUGCGGCAAGGAGAAUAUUCAAUUCAACAGAACCGUGAUAAUGUCAUGGCUUUUAAAGUUGCUCCCGAUACACGAGGUAAAUCUAAACUUGUGGACAAUUCUGACAAAUUCUGUACUCACUGCAACAGAGAAGGACACGACGAACGCACAUGUUUUCAGAUUCAUGGAUUCCCUGAGUGGUGGGGAGAUCGUCCUCGUGGUGGUCGUGGAUCGGGUCGUGGCGGAGCAACAACAGGGAGAGACACAACAGGCCGUUCUGGAGGACGUGGCAGGGGCACCUAUAACGCACUUGCACGAGCCAACAAAGCCACGACAAGUAGCCGUAGUAUUGGUGGUAAUAGUGGACAGUCUCAUGCACCACCACACUCAAGUGAGGCAGCAGGUAUAUCAGGCAUUACUCCGGCGCAAUGGCAACAAAUUCUUGACGCUUUGAAUAUUUCCAAAACCAAGGAUCGCCUGCACGGACCGGACGACGAGGACGUUGAUUGGAGCAGGUGAACGGAUCGAUGGACUUUACUUUUUUCGGGGUGUUCCGAAGGUGCAUGCCUUGAUGGUGGAAGGGGAUUCAGCAAUGGAUUUAUGGCAUAAACGUUUGGGUCAUCCGUCAGAAAAGGUGUUAAAGUUCAUUCCUCAUGUCAGUC